UGCACUGCCCGCUCCAUGCAGGCGCCCGGGCCCCGCCACAGAGCCCGUCUGACGGUGCUCCUUACCUGGGGGACUCCGCAGCACCGGUGCCGCGCACCCCCGGGCUCCGCCGCGCCCGGAUCCACACGCGAGUCGACCCCUUCGCCACCGCGCUCCGGCGGCCACGUCGGUCCAGCGUCGGCAGCUGGGAGGCGGCGCAGGCGGCCCGAGGCAUGGGCGCGGGGGCCGGGAGCGAGCGGCCCUCGAGUGCAGACGCCGGCGCGCCUCCGGCUUAAUCCGGGCAGGGCCGCUGGCCACUCCCUCCGCCCGACACCGCCGCCUCCCCUCCGCGCACCCUGGACUUCCUCAGCCCGACGCGCACCCCCGCCUGCCCGAACCCCGGGGCCUCGGGGGCAUCACCUGCUAGCGCUUACCCUGGACGCGCGCCCACCUGCCGGCCCCGCGGGCGCCCUGGGCACGACGCCCGGCCAGGGGACAGCGCCCCGCGGCUCGCGAGGGCGGGGGCCAAGGGCGGGACCUGAGCCGCUUCUUCCCUCCCCGGGAACCAGGGCCACGGCCCGGGCGGGGAGGGACCGGCUGCGCCGCCGCCGAGCCUACAAAACCCUCCCCGGGGACCGGAGGCGGGGUUCACGGCUGGGGACGCGGUGGCCGGGAGCCCGCGGUUCCCGCGCGCCCUGGCCCCGGACGGCGCCCACCAUGCGCCCCGGCGGUGCGCCCCGGCCGCCUGCGUGCCUGCUCUGGCUCCUCCUAGCGCUCCUGGCGGCCGCGCCCGCGGACUGCAAGGGCUGUGCCUGUUCGGACAAAGGCCAGUGUGUCUGCAGCGGGACCAAAGGCGAGAAGGGGGAAAAAGGCUUUCCUGGACCCCCUGGUUCUCCAGGCCAGAAAGGAUUCCCAGGUCCUGAAGGCCUUCCUGGACCCCAGGGACCCAAGGGCUCUCCAGGUCUUCCAGGAUUGACUGGUCCCAAAGGUAUCAGGGGAAUAACUGGAUUACCAGGAUUUUCAGGGCCUCCCGGACUUCCAGGCCUCCCGGGCCAUCCUGGGCCAUAUGGACUCCUGGGCUUACCAGGAUGCAAUGGUUCUAAGGGUGAACAGGGAUUUCCAGGACUUCCAGGGACACCGGGAUACCCAGGGCUUAUGGGCUCUGCUGGUUUGAAAGGACAAAAGGGUGCACCCGCUCAAGAAGAAGAUAGAGAACUCAAUGGAAAAGGUGACAUGGGGUUGCCAGGAACCCCAGGAUUUCAGGGUCCGCUAGGCCCACCAGGUUUUCCUGGGCCCGCUGGUCCACCUGGACCUCCAGGACAACUUGGGUUUCCAGGAGCGAGGGGACCUACGGGACCUAAGGGUCACAUGGGCGAUAAUGUAGUGGGACAAAAAGGAGAGCAGGGUGUGAAAGGAUUAGCAGGACCCCCUGGACUACCAGGAACAGUAAUUGUGACGCUGACUGGCCCGGAUAACAAGACGGACCUCAAGGGGCAGAAGGGAGAUAAGGGAGCCAUGGGCAAACCAGGACCUCCUGGCGCCCCGGGGCCACCAGGCGAGUCCUACGGAGCUGAGAAGGGCCAUCCUGGAGAAACGGGCGCGCAGGGAAAGCCCGGAAAAGAUGGUGCCCCUGGCUUCCCUGGCACUGAGGGACCCAAAGGCAGCAGGGGCUUCCCUGGAUUAAGGGGUGAAGAUGGCAUUAAGGGAUGGAAAGGAGACAUUGGCCUUCCAGGAUUUCGUGGUCCAACAGAAUAUUAUGAUGCAUAUCAGGAAAAGGGAGAUGAAGGAAUUCCAGGCCCCCCAGGGCCCAAAGGAGCUCGUGGCCUGCAGGGUCCUAGUGGUCCUCCUGGAGUUCCUGGAAGCCGUGGACCAUCGAGGCCUGGCCUUAGAGGAGUCCCCGGAACGCCCGGUUUGAAAGGAAGCAAAGGCGAGCGAGGGACCCCAGGAAUGGACUCCGUGGGGCCUCCUGGGGCCCCAGGCAGUCCUGGUUCACCAGGCUUUUCAGGGUCACCAGGCCCUCCAGGACCUCCAGGUGAUAUCAUCUUUCACAGUGGUCCACCUGGUGACCGCGGACUGCCAGGCCCAUUAGGACCUCUGGGAAUCCCAGGAGUUGAUGGGCCCACAGGAGAACCAGGCCUUCCUUGUGUACAAUGCCCCUAUGUUCCAGGAUCUCCAGGUCUCCCAGGAUUGCGGGGGUUAGAUGGUAUCAAAGGAAUCCCAGGAGGACAAGGUACAGUUGGCGUGAAAGGAAGCCCAGGCUCCCCAGGAAGCCCAGGUGUCCCUGGAUUGCCUGGAUUCCCAGGUGCUCAGGGAGCUCCAGGACUUAAAGGACGAAAAGGUGAAACACCUCAGCCCCAGGGGCCAGUGGGUGCUCCAGGGGAUCCUGGGCUCCCUGGGCCGAGCGGGAGAAAGGGCUUGGAUGGAAUCCCUGGAACUCCAGGAGAGAAAGGAUUACCAGGACCUAGAGGCAAACCGGCCCUGAGUGGUGAAAAGGGAGACCGGGGUCCUCUGGGAGAUCCUGGCCUCCCGGGACCCCCAGGACCUGCAGGACCAGCUGGACCACCUGGCUAUGGACUCCAGGGAGAGCCAGGUCCAAAGGGCACCCAAGGAGUUCCUGGAGCCCUGGGACUGCCUGGAAAAGCCGGUCCUAAGGGAGAAUCCAGCAUUUCAACACCUAUCCUAGGGCCCCCAGGACCUCCAGGGCCCCCUGGGCAUGCUGGCCCCCAAGGUCCACCUGGUAUCCCUGGAUCCAUGGGAGAAUGUGAUUCUGGACUUCCUGGACCUAAGGGAGAACCUGGAAUUUCAGGAAUUGGAUUUCCUGGGCCCCCUGGACUGAAAGGAGAUCAAGGCUUUCCGGGAAUGAAAGGAUCCCCAGGUUGUCCAGGGAAAAUGGGAGAGCCUGGCUUCCCUGGAGAGCCAGGCUUCCCGGGAGCCAAGGGAGAACCAGGAUUGGCAAGACCUGGAGAACCAGGAAUGCCAGGUCUUCCAGGAGAAAGAGGCGAUUCAGGGGAAAAUGGAGAAAUUGGACUCCCUGGGCUUCCAGGUCUUCGUGGAAUUCCAGGCAAACAAGGCCUCGAUGGACCUCGAGGAGAUGCAGGGCAACCUGGACUACCUGGAGUAAAAGGACCCCCAGGAAUAUGCACAGAGGGGCCCAAUGGAGCCCCAGGGCUUCCAGGCUUAAAUGGAUUAAAAGGGCAGCCAGGAAGAAGAGGAGAUACAGGACCAAAGGGAGACCCAGGAAUUCCAGGUUUGGACAGGUCAGGGCUCCCUGGAGAACCUGGACCACCAGGAAUGCCAGGUCAGCAAGGUGAGAUUGGGCCACCUGGUCAAAAAGGAUUUCCAGGAACUCCGGGACUUUUAGGACCACCAGGUGAAAGAGGAGUGGUGGGGAUGAUGGGCUUCCCUGGAACCAUGGGCCUUCCUGGGCCUCCAGGGCACCCAGGCAUGCAGGGGCGGAAGGGUAACCUUGGGAUUCCAGGAAUAAAGGGCAACAGAGGACCCCCAGGGGCCAAAGGGGAACAAGGAGAUAAAGGAAACCCAGGGCCUUCUCAAAUAGCCCUCUUAAAGGGGGACAAAGGAGAACCAGGUCUCAAAGGAUUUACAGGAAAUCCAGGUGAGAAAGGAAAUAGAGGCCUUCCAGGGUUGCCUGGUUUAAAGGGCCUGGAAGGAUCACCUGGACCACCAGGACCACCAGGUCCUAGAGGAGAUCUGGGAAGCCCUGGGAAUCCUGGAGAACCAGGACCACGCGGCAUGCCAGGAAGCAUGGGCAACAUGGGUAUCCCAGGUUCUAAAGGAAGAAAAGGACCUUUAGGACUCCCUGGUCUACCUGGAAGACCAGGGCUCCCUGGCAUUCAUGGCCUCCAAGGAGAUAAAGGAGAACCAGGUUAUUUAAAAGACACAAGGCCAGGACCUCCAGGACAAAAGGGAGAUCCAGGAAUGCCAGGUGACAUGGGAAAGAAAGGAGAAAGAGGCCCACCUGGCCCACCCGGACAGCCCGGGCCUGCUGGACCUGAGGGGGUGCCUGGGAGACCCGGGAGUCCUGGCCAACCAGGGAAGCCGGGUCCCGCUGGUGAUAUGGGGCUCAAAGGAAUCAAAGGCUGCCCAGGCCCUCCAGGAAUCAAAGGCCCUCCAGGCUUCCCAGGAUUGCCAGGGUCUCCAGGGCCAAUGGGUGGAAGAGGUGACCAAGGACACGAUGGGAUUCCUGGCCCUCCUGGAGAAAAGGGAGAAACUGGCUUGCUGGGGGCCCUUCCAGGCCCAAGAGGGAACCCUGGUGCUCCAGGUGCCAAAGGAGAGAGGGGACCCCCUGGCUGGCCUGGCCUCCCUGGCAGGAAGGGAACCAUGGGAGAUGUUGGGCCUCCAGGACCUAUGGGCGUAACAGGACUCCCAGGACCACCAGGUCCACCUGGGGUGGUCAUCCUUGGCCAAAAAGGAAACCGAGGCCCACCAGGCUUAAGAGGAAAUCCAGGUGACCCAGGUCCUCCUGGACCGCCAGGAAGGCACGCAGAAGGCAUAAAAGGUGACAAAGGAUUUAGAGGCCUGCCUGGCCCAGAAGGUCCACCUGGAAUGGUAGGAGACGCUGGGCCACCAGGACUUCCGGGAGCACCAGGUACCCCAGGUUCUCCAGGGCUCAGAGGUGAUCCUGGAUUCCUUGGAUUUCCAGGCAUGAAAGGACAGAAGGGUGAUCCGGGAUUUCCAGGAUCAACUGGACCUCCAGGACCAAUUGGGCCAAUAGGACCACCUGGUGCACGUGGAGACCCUGGCACACUUACGAUCAUCUCCCUUCCGGGAAGCCCAGGGCCACCUGGCUCACGUGGACCACCAGGGAUGCAAGGAGAACCUGGGCCGCUGGGGCCACCAGGAAAGCCAGGACCCUGUGGGCCAAGAGGUAAGCCAGGCGAUGAUGGAAAACCAGGAGCUCCUGGACCCACUGGAGCAAAAGGCAACAAAGGUUCGAAAGGAGAGCAAGGGCCACCUGGGUUGGAUGGAUUGCCAGGUUUGAAGGGAAGACCUGGAGACAUUGGAACACCUGCAGUUGGGACAACAAGAGGCUUUGUCUUCACCCGACACAGUCAGACCACGGUAGCUCCUCCCUGUCCAGCAGGGACGCAGCCACUCUACAGCGGGUUUUCUCUCCUUUUUGUGCAAGGAAAUGAACGAGCGCAUGGACAAGACCUUGGAACUCUUGGCAGCUGUCUUCAGCGAUUUACCACAAUGCCAUUCUUAUUCUGUAACAUUAAUAAUGUGUGCAAUUUUGCAUCUCGAAAUGAUUAUUCAUACUGGCUGUCAACACCGACUCUGAUGCCAAUGGACAUGGCUCCAGUUACUGGCAGGGCCCUGGAGCCUUACAUUAGCAGAUGCACUGUUUGUGAGGGUCCAGCGAUGCCCAUAGCCAUUCACAGCCAAACCACUGCCAUUCCCCCAUGUCCCCAUGGCUGGAUUUCUCUCUGGAAGGGAUUUUCUUUCAUCAUGUUCACAAGCGCAGGUUCAGAGGGUGCAGGACAAGCGCUGGCCUCCCCCGGCUCCUGUCUGGAGGAAUUCCGAGCCAAUCCAUUCAUAGAGUGUCACGGAAGAGGAACGUGCAACUACUACUCAAAUUCCUACAGCUUCUGGUUGGCUUCAUUACACCCCGAAAGAAUGUUCAGAAAACCUAUUCCAUCAACUGUGAAAGCUGGGGAGUUAGAAAAAAUAAUAAGUCGUUGUCAGGUGUGCAUGAAGAAAAGACAUUGAAGAAAUCAAAGAAAAUAGAACUGCUGCUUUCUCCACUCCUAAACAACAAAAUAAUGGCUCAAAGCACACAUUUGUUUAGGUAUUUCUCUAACCGAACCAUGCUGCUCUAUGAAGGCUUAGUGGUGCAAAGUUUAAAUUUGUUUCCCAACACAGCAUGACAUUUCUUUCAAGCUACUUCUAUCAUUUUAGUUUGUAUCUUAUGACAAGGCAACAAUUGUUACACAGGAUCACUGAAAUCAUAUUCCACUUGAAUCCAAAGUACUCUCUACAUGGAGACUGUAUGAAGCUUGAAUAUUGUAAGUGAAGAGUUACUUGGUCCAUUGGAUUUUUGACAAUUGUCCUUUUUGCUUGGGUGUUAAAGAUUAGUAAGACUAAAUUGGUCUUAUAUGCUCUACUACCUCUUUCCUGAAAUGUUAGCCUUGGGUAGAAGAGCUGGGGACAUGUACAAUAUUGAAGCACUAUGAACAUAACUGGACUUUCACAUCAACUGGGUACACAAGGCCUGAGAAAACACAGAACUGAAAAUUCGUGAGGUACACGAAUUUUCCACAAUUCAUUCAAACAUACCCAAAACUAAAGCCAAAAGUAGGUUCCCUGGGUGGAACCAUAGUAGUCUUGGAAAUAUUGUUUUGUUUUAUACUUCUUUGAAGAUUUUUGUUAAUUUAUCGAAUUCAUUUCACUGUGUCAGUAUAGCCUGUCUGUACUCAAAGUGGAUAAAAUGUUUACCUCUAAUGAAUUAAGUUUAAUAGGAUGUUAUGACACUGUCACGAUAUGCAUCCUCUGAAAUAUGUCACACUUUUAAUUUCUCCUUUACAAUGUACUCACACACAAAAGGAAGAAGGAAGGAAGGAAGGAAGGAAGGAAGGAAGACAAAAUACACUACUUGUUGGAUAUGCACUUCAUCCCUGUAAAUGUUGGUGCAUACCUUGUAUCAUUUGGUGCAGUAGAUCCAUAAUCCAUGGAGGACUUUAGGGAUUUGUUUGCUGGUAGAGCUGAGAAUAUCUUUAUUUUGCUCUAAAUAUUUCAUUACUUGGUUUUACAGAUUUGUUCCUUUUGUUACUUUCUAAUUUUUCCUGUGUGAACAUAUUUUCUUUAUUACGAUCCAUAUGGAGAGAAACCAGUGUGUAAAAACCUUAAGGUACAAACUGCAUAAUUUGGCAACUGUGUCUUAAAACUUGGCUUCCAGCAUGUUGAUACAUUGCUUAGAGCAACUUAACAAGCGUUAUCUUCAAGGCCAAAGCCAUGUCCCAGGGACUGUGAUAAACUAGACACUAAAAGAAAGAGAAACAGAGAGAGAUAGAAAAGUAACUUGUUUCUAAUCUAAAAACGCCUAAGACAUAACCCCUGCUUUUUAAGAAUCGCUUAAAUUCGGGGGCUGGUGAUGUAGAUCAGUGGUAUAGCAUGUUUUAGCCUGUGCGAAACCCUGGUUUCAGUCCACAGCAGCGAAAUCAAACAAACAAAGAACUAAAUGUGUAUGAGUUUCUCUCUCCCUCUUCUCCCCUUAUUAUUGUUAUAUUUAUUUUUUAUUUUAAAGAGAUUAAGACAAAACAGGACAUAACAAAGCAGAUCAGAACAGAACAAUGUAAGCAACACAGUAUUUCACCAGAAGUUAACCCGAAAUUAACAGUAACUACCACAAUAUCUCUUCCUUUGAAAUAGUUGAGCAUAACUUCAUAUACAAUAGUAUUAAAUAUAACAAAAUAGUAUAAUAUUUUUAUAUUUCAUCAUCGUAACUCAGCAGGCCUGAGUAAAGGUUGAAAAGUAAAAUCUAUGCCCAGGGAAAGUCCAAGACUCCUAGGUUCUCUUAGGCACCAGGAGCUCAAGUCUGGACAAUAUCUAGCAAACAAAGGUAUAUGAAACAUUUUUAACUUAUGUAUAUGUGAUGGUAGCACUAUCUGAUGAGUCUUAGAGGCCGGAUGUCAUCAGACUAAGUUUUCAAGAUGCUUCUUUAUCCACCUGAGGUGGAACUGGUGGUGCUGAUACUUACAAUCAGACUCUGGCUCCCAGCUCACAUGCUUUGUAAGGGAAAAUGUGACCCUGGAACGCAGACGUGGUUUACAUUCUUCACUGCUCACUUAACUGCAGUCAAGCCAUUUUUACAAUAUUAAAAUGUGCAGCAUUUUUAUUUAUUUAGACAUUACGGCAUUCCUUCUCUAAAAAUAUCUAUUAUUGUCAUUGCACUCUGUUGUGGCAAGAAGGACAGCCACAUCAGCAGUCCUGGGAACUUGCUAAAAUGGAGCAAAUGCAAAAUUCUAGUCUCAUUCUAGACUUAAACAUUAGAAACUUUGUGGGCAGAGUCCACAAACCUGCGCUUUAACAAAGCUUCUAUGUGACUGUCCUGCCCUCUAAAGAUUGAGAAAAGCUGCUCCAGGCAAACACCCAAGAAAUGGGUCACGGGUGCACCAUCUUUGCCUCUUUAAAAAGUCCAGACCCAUAGAUGACCUGGGUGUCAUCUGCUGUUACUCCAGACAAAAGCCUCGGACUGUGCUCAAGCCAAGCGGCUGGCCUUCGCCCCUGCCCCUGCCCCUGCCCCACCCCGUCUGCUCUCGCCCUGUUGUCAGUGUUCAACCUCUGAGGAAGACAAAUGAUGCUACCCUGACUCCAGCGAAGCCAUAUGAACACAUGUUCAGCACAUUUCAAGGCGUGACCUUUACAAUACAGCUCGUGGGUUAUUUCCAGAUAUUUAUGAGUAGCUUAUAAAGUUUUAAAAACUUAACUUUGUAGGUAAAAUUUAAGUAACUUGUUUGUUUUAAAAUUGGGACUUCAACCUCAGAAUUUCACAGUGUGCUAAAACAACCAAUUUCUUGGAGUUCUUUGUGUCUGCAGUAUAUACAUUAUUAAUUUAUUUAUGAGUAUUAAUGUUUAAAUUUGAAUUUUAUUGCUAACUUACAAAGAUUUUUCUAUAUAUCAAAUGUAACUUACUGCUACUAAAUUUAAUAUUUACUAUAUUACAAAAGUGAAAUAUAUUUAAAAGAUGUUGAAUAUUUUAUAUUGUUAUAUUCUGACAAAAUUACAAUAUAUUAUACUAAUAUUUCUGUAAUUAUACUUAAAAUAUUAUAUUACUGUUUUGUCAAAAUAAAAACUAAAGAAAUGGUAA